GUUUCAAAAAUAUAUCAUAGCCCGAAAGAUUUGAUGAAAACAUUUGUAAAUCUUAGCCAUUUGCUGUUGAAACUGCUAAUUGUAUGAUGAAUAAGUAAAUUUGGAAUCAACAUUUGAUUAAAAUUUGAUCAACAGAUGAUUUGUUAUGACAAAAAAAGACAUUAUUAAUAGUUUUGCAUUACUAGCAUCCUAACAACAUAAAUAUUCAGUCUUUUCAAUUGAAGCCUACAACAGCGUUUAUAUUGAUAGCCAUUGAUAUUGAAGAGAGAUGGCAAAAAAAGAUGAAGAUGAUGAUUAUGAUGAUGAAAAACAUGAUGAUGUUAAUGGUGAAGUCAGUGAUGAAGAUGGUGAAAACAGGGGUGAAAUGGAGGAGGAGAAAGAUGAAUAUGAUAGGAUGAGGUGAAGCAGGUUAAUAGUCAACAAAAGAGUGUAUGGCUGGCCUUUUGUGCGCGGAAUGUCAAAACCCAUUAUCCUUUCCUAUCAUCACCAACAUCAUCACCAUGAUGAUGAUCAUCAUCUUUUACCUUUUGAUAAACAAUAAUUCGAAGAAAAGGAGAAAAAAAAAUUCGCCUUCAACUAUUAAACCAAAAAAUUAACAGACAGGCUUUCAUUGAAAAGGGAAAACCUUACAAUUCCUUUUUUAUAAUACAAACCAACUUCACUUUUCAGUUUAUUUCAAACUUUUCACCUUUGUUUAUUAUUACCAUUAUGAUCACCAUUUAUUAAAGUUAUUAAUUUAUCCAUUGAUUAUAGUUGAACAAGUAAAUUAGAGUUUAAAAUAAUUGAUUGAAUUGAACACAAUUUAAAAGCUAAACGUUUACUCUGUGAUGAUUUGGAGUUAGAAAAAUUAUAAUAAGCCAUUUUUUAGUCAGCCAAAGUAAACGGCUGGUUAAGCUUGGCUUUCGAUUUUGCCUUUUGUUUCAUUUCUUAAACUUUACUUUUCACUUGUUUUUAUUUUUAAUUUUACUUUUUAAUUAUAAUUAUUGAUUAAUUAUUUGAUUGUUUAUUGUUAAGAGUUUUGUUACCUAUUCAAUCAAACUGUGGACCAACGACUGUAUGUGUUAUUCACGCCUUUUUGGCGAUUGUCAUCUAUUUUUCCGUAAAGCUAACUCAUCGGACCAAUCACCUGAUUUAGAUGAAACUGUACCUUUAAAGGAGUCUAGUGUUGGUGACAAUGGUAAUGUAAAGUUGAAGGAGUCAUCAUCAGUUAAUAAUUGUAAAGAGACUACCUUAUAUCAAAGUCAACAUUUAGUUUCAACCUCAUCUACAGUUAAUGAAUCCUGUAACAAUCAUAAAUUGGCUUUCAAAUCAACCGAGUAUGAAAAAUUAAUGGAAAGUCCAACUAAAUCUCGUCGUGAUUCUUCAAACAAUAUUCACCAGCCAACAACAUUUGCAAGCAUUAGUAGUCUUGUCCGUGAUAUUUUUCGUAAUGAUUUAAAAUAUCCAGCGGCAACAACCCAGUCAACUAAAUCAAAUACACCUUCACCAACGCUUGAUAUUAAAUUAUCAUCUAGUAGCAACCCUACUAAAGCCACCACCAACAACAGUAAUAAUAGUUUAACCAACCAUCACCCAACCUGUAACUGUUCAACUUUCAAUGGUAAUAAUAAUAAUGUUAACCGUUUGAAGAGUAACGGUGAUAGUUUAAAUAAUUUUAAUAGCAAACGAAUUAAUAGGAUUAAAAUUAAAGACGAGAAAAAAUUAGACACUGACGAUGAUGAUAACAAUGAUACAAAUUAUGAUCACAAUCAAGGAGUGAAAUCGUCACAUAAUCAUUAUGAUGAUCAUUCAAUACAAGCUAAUUUUACAAAAUGCUUUUAUCCAGAUAAAAAGUCAACAAGUGAAGCUCCAUUUUGUGGCAUGGAUUCAAAGGAGUGGAGGGUUAGAGGUAAAGAAAUGGUAGAUUAUAUCGCUAACUAUCUGGAAACUAUUGAUCAACGUCGAGUUACACCUAAUGUUGAACCUGGUUAUUUAAAGCCCCAAUUACCCGAAGAGGCUCCAUUAAAAGCUGAACAAUGGGAUACAAUUAUGGAAGAUUUCAACAAAUUAAUUAUGCCUGGAAUAACUCAUUGGCAGCAUCCAAGAUUUCAUGCUUAUUUUCCAGCAGGAAAUGCUUAUCCAUCAAUUCUCGCAGAUAUGUUAUCUGAUGCCAUUUCUUGUAUUGGAUUUUCAUGGGCAGCUUCACCAUCAUGUACUGAAUUGGAAACUAUCAUGCUGGACUGGAUGGGUCGUGCUAUUGGUUUGCCGGACAAAUUCAUGUGUUUUGCUGAAAACAGUAAAGGUGGUGGAGUCAUUGAGGGCUCUGCAUCUGAAUGCAUUCUGGUAACACUUUUAGCAGCACGUUAUGAAGCUGUUAAACAAGCUAAAAAGCAAGAACCCAAUGCAAAAGAUACUGAUAUUUUGGGUAAAUUGAUUGCUUAUUGUUCAAAAGAGGCUCAUUCAUCUGUUGAAAAAGCAGCCAUGAUUGGUUUUGUUAAACUGAGAAUUCUGGAUACUGAUGAAAAAUUUCGUAUGAGACCAGAUUUACUUGAAAAGUCCAUUCAGGAGGACAAAGCUCAAGGAUUCAUUCCCUUUUGGGCUGCCAUUACAUUGGGAUCUACCUCAUGUUGUUCAGUUGAUCCUGUAGACUCUGUUGGAAUGAUUUGUCAAAAAGAAGGAGUUUGGCUGCAUGUUGAUGCUGCAUAUGGUGGAAGCUCAUUAAUUUGUCCAGAAUUUCAAUAUCUUCUCAAAGGAAUUGAGCUUGCCUCAUCUUUCAACAUGAAUCCAAACAAAUGGAUGUUGAUUAAUUUUGAUUGUUCACUUUUAUGGGUUACAGAUCGAUUCAAAUUGACCCAAGCUUUGGUUGUCGAUCCUUUAUACCUUCAACAUAGUUAUUCAGAUAAAGCUAUUGAUUACAGGCAUUGGGGAAUACCUUUGAGUCGACGAUUUCGUUCAUUGAAACUUUGGUUUGUCAUUCGAAAUUAUGGAAUUGAAGGAUUACAGAAAUACAUACGUAAUCAUUGUCGAUUGGCCAAAAAAUUUGAAAACUUGAUGAGACAAGAUGAACGAUUCGAGAUUAUGAAUGAAGUAAUUUUUGGCUUAGUUUGCUUCCGUUUAAAGGGGUCUGAUACGUUGAACAAGAAAUUGUUGUCAUCAAUUAAUGCUUCUGGUGAAAUGCAUAUGGUUCCAGCAAAUCUGGGAAACAAGUAUGUUAUACGAUUUUGUGUUUGCUCUCAACAUGCUACUGAGGACGAUAUUUCAGCUGCUUAUGAGAUUAUCUCACAAUUUUCGGCUAACCUGUUGGCUAUUAUUGGGUCCGAGGAAUCAAUGGCUGCACUUCAACAGCAACAAGCAGUUAUUCAAGGAGACUUGACUGGUUCUCAACAACAACAAUUUACUAAACAAGAAUCCCAAAAGUCAUCUAUAGAGGAAAAGGAAGGUUCAAUUGAAAUCAAAGGAGGACUUUCAAUUGAUAAAAUUGAAACGACACCUGAAGAGGAAACCAAGAAAGAAACUGAAGACGAAAUGCCAGAUGAAGUAAUAGUUUUUGACAGGAAAAUAAAUACUAGCCUGAAAUACAGGCGAAGUUUCUUCGUCAGAAUGGUUUCUGAUCCAAAGCUUUACAAUCCAAAGAUAGUUAAAGCAUUGUCGUGUUCAUCUGAUCAAACAGAUGAUAAAGACACUGGAAUUUUGUCACCCAUUUAACAACCAAAUUGAUCUCAUUAGUUUCAAUUGUCUCAUGAUUUUGUUGUUGUUGACCAUUUCUUUUCUGGGAUGUAUAUUUGAUAACUAAAAACGCAUUUGAGAGCUUCUUAAUGGCAAAAUGAUAUAUUUUCACUUAGUCGAUAGAUUAUGGUUACCGGUGUGAUUUUUAAAGGAUUAUUUAACCAAUUGUGAUCCAUGUCAACAUGUGUUUAAGAUCAUUUCAUUUUGAAAAUGAUUGCCAUUGCCAUUCGACUGUGAAAAGUCUGAACAACCAAAGACCAAAUUAUUAAUUUUACUUGAUUAUUUCCUCCUUAGAUUUAAAUUUGAUCAAAUCUGCUGCGUAAUCGAUAUCAAAUAAUUGAGAUGAUCUACAAAUUCAAUGUCUCAUCUUAAUUGCAAUAGUUUUUUUGCAUCAAUUGUCAACCCAAAAACUAUGGAAGGGAAUCAACAUAAACUGUUGAUAUGAUUGAUUUUGAUUUUAAUAUGAACAUUUGAACCUCAUCUUUUGAUUGCCUUUUAUUUAUUAUUAUUGCUUUUAAAUUGUUAUCAUUAAUAUGAAUUCAAUUGUACUUGUUUUCAUUAUUAGUUAAUAAAUGUAUUAAAUAAUGAU